GACUUCCGGGAUUCAGUGUAACCACAACAUCAGCUGUCUAGGCGAAGAUGGCGAAUAGCCUGGCAGAGUUAGAAGUUACCGUGGGCUCCAACCAAGCGGGGGAUCACGGGAAAUGUUUACUGAGGCGUUGCAGAGGACGACCCAGGCUACCAGACUCCGACCGAGCUAAAAGACGGCUAGAAUCCCGUAAGAAGUACGACGUGAGGCGGGUGUACCUUGGAGAGUCACACAAGCUGUGGAGUGAGCUCCGGAGGCGAACCGGUCUCAGUGAUGCUGGACUGGCAGAGUAUCUGAUCCUGCUUAAUUCCACGUACGGAGAAAAAUACCAGCAGGAAAACUGUGGGAAGAAGAUAGGUACAAGGGUUUCACAAAAACAGCACAAGAAAGAAGACAAGAAAGGGUGUGUGUCCAGCCUGCACAGCCUGGUGUGUUGGUACCAGGAGCACUCCAGCUCUUGCCCUCUUGAGCCUCAAUUGAGAGCCCUGGACCCCCAACACAACUCCUCCACUACUGCUGUUUGGCAGUGUGACUCUAACCACUCUUUUGUGCAGUACCUUUCAUCUCCAACAAGGGAGAGAAGUGAUUAUCUACAUGAAUUGGAAGUGAGUUGGGAUGGUGAUGAGGAAGGCAAAGUAACAGAUGGGCCUAUGCCAAAGGGGUUAGUGAGCAGAAAGAAAAAAAAGGAGGCUCACAGUCAGUUUAAAGAUGCAGAAAAAAAUAUGGAUGAUUCUGAAUUACAACUUGCCAACACAAGCCCGACAGAACGGACUGCAAAUUUUAACCAUCUUCCCAGUGUAGGAGCUUCCUCCAAAGAAGUUCCACUUACAGGGCAGUCUGUCUGGGAGAUGGAGAUGGUUAUGGAACCAGAGAAAAGCUCUCCAGCAGCAGACAGUCAUCCUAUAUCCUCAGAGGAUGAGGCUGAGGCAGCACAGGAUCUUAGACGAGGCAGAAAUGAGGACGAGAUGAGAUCUAUACCGCAUGAUUAUGAGUGUGUACCUGUGACGUCGUCUUUGACUAACCAGCUAAAAAAGACAGAUCAGAACCCUGUUCUUGCAGAGAGCUUUAGUAACUCAGCUGGACUGGCUGCUCAGUCAGAGCUGCCAGUGCCCCCUACUGCCCCCGUACAAGAGAAGAGUGAGUUGUUUGACCCGCAGACUCUGCAGACGAUGGUGACCAACUGCGAUAUUUCUGACCAGAGGAUGGCUUUAGAAGGCUCACAGUUAAUUAUCAUCACUGGCCCCAGCUAUGAGGCCCUGACUUCAGAGGGCAUCCAGCUCAACGUGGGUGGUGGAAAUGUGGAGGAAGUCACCUGCACUGUCAUCGGAGGUGUCACCUACAACCAAGUUUGUGGGCCUGACUCAAAACUCAGGACAGCAGAAGAUGAAGGCUUCAUGACAGGUUUGAGUGACAAACAGCUACUGCAGCCUGCUGUUGAUGUUUUGGAUUUGGGUAGUGAGAAAGAGCUGCAGCGGAGUUUAAGCAGUGUCAGGUCUAAGAGAAACAGGCGAGGCCCCAUCAUUGAGGCAGAUGGGAUGCUCAAAAUGUUCCACUGUCCUUAUGAGGGCUGCAGUCAAGUCUAUGUAGCCAUUAGCAGCUUUCAGAAUCAUGUGAACCUAGUUCACAGAAAAGGAAGAACAAAAGUAUGCCCCCACCCAGGCUGUGGGAAAAAGUUUUACCUAUCUAACCACCUGCAGCGUCACAUGAUCAUCCACUCAGGGGUAAGAGAUUUCAUCUGUGAAACAUGUGGAAAAUCUUUUAAGCGUAAGAAUCACUUGGAGGUUCACAGACGGACUCACACAGGAGAAACACCUCUCCAAUGUGAAAUCUGUGGCUAUCAGUGUCGCCAGCGUGCAUCUCUUAACUGGCACAUGAAAAAACACACUCCAGAGGCCCACUACAACUUCACCUGUGAGUUCUGUGAGAAGAGGUUUGAGAAGCUGGAUAGUGUUAAGUUCCACAAGCUGAAGAGCCACCCAGACAAGCAGGCAACCUGAAGUAAUCAGGUUGUGGAAGUGGGAGACAACAAGAACAUGCUGGCUUUCAACAGACAACUUCCAGUGAAGAGACAUUGUUUUGUUUGUUGUGUUUAUCUUACCUUCUGUGUUCAGGAGGAUAUGAACAUCACCUGGGAACACAACAGGAGCACAACAGUUAAAGGCAAAAAUGCCACUGUCUGACAGCUGUGAAGGACAUCAGCUGUUAAAGAAUACCAUGAAACAUUUCCUUACAUAUUUGAUACUGCCAGAUAUAUUUAAAUCCACUGUUUUUCUGAUGUCCAAAUUAGCUGUUACUGAAACCCACCCCCAAAUAACCAUAAGUAGGCACGACUGUUGGAGUAAAGCUUUAGAUUUCCAUACUUGUUAAAGAAGUAUGGUUGGUUUAAGACAAAUACUCUUUGUGGUAGGAUUCUGUUUAAUUCCUUCAACCAGAAUCGUAAGAGCUAAAAAGGAAAGGAUAGACUUGAUUCUGUGUUUACAUGCUCCAAUUAAGAUAAAAAAAAAAAAUAGUGUGGCCAGCUAACUAGCAGAACGGUUGCUAGUGUCAAUGGUAUGAUCAUUUCAAACUACAUAGUUUCUGAUAUUGCAGUCAAAUAGACCUACUCAUGAUAGCGCAACCACUCUGUAAAAUUCCUCCACUGUGAGGGAGCUGACUCACAAUGCUGCUAUAGAUGAACAGAGAAAUGUUAGCCAUACCUUGUGAGACCCAUAAAAUUUUAUAUAAAGGAAGCUGAGCUUCUUGAUAAAGACAGAAUUAUUUACGCAAACUCAUCAGUACGUUCACUUCCUAAAGCCUUUUUUUAUUUUGUUUGAAUGUGAAACCUUAACUGCUUUUGCACUAGAGCAAGGUAAAAGUCAUAAAUGUUCCCAUAAACUCCAGUACCAAAACAGUGCUGUGUAUUCACUUCUGCGUUUUCAAAAAGUAGCUUUUAUCAUGUAGUAAGCAAUUAAGUUUAUAUUAUUUUUUACUCAUUACAAAGAGGGUAAAUUUGGAAAUACUGACUACUUUUAGGGAAUGGUUGAUAAAACAUUCCCUAAAAAGCAGUGAAACUGUUUUGUAUUAAUGUAGAAGGCACAUCAUUGUAUUUAAUGGGGUGAAUAACACUGCUAUGGUCCAUUUAACAUGAAGUGUAUUGUAGUGUAUUUGUAUACCAAAAGAUGGACUUUGAGUGUGAGGGGUGAAUAGCUAUCAAAGUACUUUGAAUUAGAUAUGUUAAAUUGACAUCAUUGUGUUUUUACAGAAUAUUAACCCUUUAUCUAAGUCAUUUAAAAAUCCAUGUCUCUUGUAGAGCCAGGCGAACUGCCUUGCUGUCACAUUUCCCCAUCAUCUGUCUUCACCUUCUGGUCCUGGCUCACAGGGCCAGAUGAACAGUACUGUGAGUUCAAUGUGACAACUUCUCAGGAAAGUUCCUCUUAUUCCUUAUGUUUCCUUUGUUAUGUUGUUUGAAUUUUAGGCAAACACACUUUUUUUCUGUCUCCUUUCACCUGUGUAUACUGGUGACUUACUAAAAAAUGAAAAAUGACUCAUUUCUUUUGUAUGACUUUUCUAAAGGUCAUUUGUUUGAAAUGAAUGGUUAAUUUUAUGCAACAUGUACUUGACUCUUACAUAACUCACUUUAAGGUGUGUUUUGGGCCAAAGUGUUUGUGAGCAUUAACAGUAAGACAAGGUAUGAAAAGCAUAUGUGUCACAAUACACAGUCAUGCAUUAACCUCUCAGAUACUACACUUUCAAAGUGUUGAGUAUAUACUAAAUGGUUUCUGAAUGCUUGUGUUAAGGCUUGACUUGCAGGAUAGGCUGGUCAGUUUUCUAGUAGAGCUUGUUAUUUGUUACUUACUUGUUAUUGGUAUCAAAAAUGUAUCUACAUAAAUUUGUGUAUAAUGAUUGUUUUUAUAAAAGGCCUUUUCCAUGCAUCGUCAUUUGAGCUUAAAACACCAUUGCUCCAAUAACAUGAUCUGACUAUCAAUACUUUUUAGCUGUAAAUCUUCAGUCUGUUCCUUUCUUUCUCUAUGACAUUAGCAAUGUCGACCCUUGUAAAUAUUAUACGAUUCAGAUUCAGCAAAUUUCUGAUUGGAAAACACAAGUCCACAGUCAGAGCACCAUUCAUGCCAUUGAGGACACAGUCUUCCAUCUUGGUAGUGGUGACUGAAACUGACAGACAUCUUUUUUUUUUUAUUUAUUUAUUAUUUUCAUCAUGUGUACAUCAGCCAGAAUAUAACAUAAAUAUACAAACAUACAAAAGUACUACUCAACUCCCACCUGGAAUCCCACCCACUUAUUCCAAAACCUCCUCUGAAAUAACCAAAAUAGAUUUACAACAAAUCCAAAUAAAUAAAUAAAGAAGAAAAGGGGAAAAAUAAUAAUACAAUAAAUAUAUAAAUAAAAAGAGUAAAUAUAAAUUCAUACAAUACAUUUGUGCAUACAAGAACCUGCAUCCAAUCAAAUUUAUGGCAAACAAACAGCAGUUGCUAAAACAACAACACAUUCAUGGAGGAAAGAGAGAUAAAUGACAGUUAACAAUAUCAAUUUGUUGUAGACCUUACUUUCGCUACAGGUUCCUUGUUGUUACUUCAGUAUGUCCAUUAAGGGCAUCUUGGGAAAUGUUCCAGGCAUGAUAAUAAAGGGAGCAAGAGGUCUUUAAAAAUGUAGCCUCGGUUAUGCUUUUCUAAAGUCAGUCUCUCUAAAGGUAGAAAUUCAAAAAUCUGGUCAAGAAACAUCCUAAAGGUCGGGGGGAGUUCAUUUUUCCAAAAUAGAAGAAUACAUUUCUGGGCAAAAUAUGUUAUGACUGACAGACAUCUAAUGGCGAAACAUAAAAUUCAACCUUGCUUCGGGCCAAGCGUGAAAAGUUUGUUUUGAAAUUUAAUUGUAAGUAAAAUAUGAUUUAACAUGACAUAAAAUGUUGGUAAUUUAUGAGAUGAAAGAAUGUGUGAAAUUUCACGAAAAUGGAAUAGAGGGAAAAUACCAUCCCUCCAGCGUACCUCAAACAGAUUUAUAAUGGGAAGGAUUUGGACAUUGUCAUAGUAUUUGCAUUAAGGAGACUGCAGUGUUUUGAAUGAGCUACAGC